CAACUUCUCAGCAGCGAGGCAUUUACUCUUAACCACCUGCAACUUCCACACACCCCGGGCUGUCCGCUUGCUACGCUCGCCAUGGCGAAUCCUCAGUUCGUCUGGAUCAGCGACGACGACAACUCUGAUACUGAUGAUAAUGAGACUUGGGAUUUCGACGACGUGGCUGAAGAAGGCUCUGACUUGACUUAUGUCGACGACGCAAUUCCCGGCGAGCAACUACCCAAGCUCCACGCCCAGUCAGCGGACGAGUGUCCCCCACUGAUUCAAAUCAGCGAAGUCACACUAGAAUGUGGAUCGGUCCAGGCAGGCGACACCAUAGAGCUCCUCAAUCGACAUGGCGAUUUCCUUGUAGUUGUUGCUGUUUUAGAAGACUACAGAGAGGACAAAGUCUACCUGCAAGGACACCGCCUUCGCCGCGCAGCGCGUUUUGCUCCGCUGUUCGAGUCUAAGCUUAAUGAGUUAAUUGUCGUCUUCAACACCCAACGCUACGACACUGAAUCUGCUCAAACUCAAGGAUUAGAGCUAAUAUCAACCGACCAAGUUGCUAAGAAGGAAAAGAGAGAAGUAAUUUUCUCUACGCAGCCAUACAAAGAGUUUGGCAUCCGCCAAUGCUCUAAUCUUGUUCCCCAUCUAUAUAAUAACCCUGAAGCAGCUCGCGACUGGCUUCAUGACAACGGUCCAUUAUUUGCUCGGUGGGUCUACGUUUCUAUUAAAGACCCAAACGGUAAGCCUUACGGAGGAGAAACUAGAAGGCUAUACCACCGAGAGCAUAUAUACUACAGUCAACUUUCUCAGCACAUCUCUGGACGCACUAUGGGAGAUGAUGACUGGGUAAGACAAGACCCUCGCCAGCAAUCUCUUACAUUCGGAGACCUCUUCUGUGGAGCAGGCGGUGCCUCCUACGGUGCAAAAGAGGCAGGACUCAUCGUCAAGUUUGGUCUUGAUAUUGAGGAAAAGAUUAUGGCCUGUUAUGAGUACAACCAUCCUGGAGCUCUACCAUUGUGUAUGGACGCAAAAGACUUCCCUAGUGUGGCAUGCCGGAACAACUUCUACUGCGACUUUUUGCACUUUUCUACUACAUGCAGAUUCUUUGCAAGAUGCCAUACAGUGGACGGCAAAGAUGACCAGAUAAACUUAGAAACGAUCUUUACAGUAGCAGCUAUCCUAAAGAAACUCCAGCCGCCCUACGCAACAGCUGAACAAACUGACGGACUCAUCCUAGAGCGGGGGCAUCAAAAGUAUUUCAGAAUCCUGCUGAACGAUAUCAUGAGCGCCGGCUACAACGUUCGAUAUCAAGUCAUAGAUCUAUCAACACUAGGUGUACCUCAGCGCCGUAGACGACUAUUGUUCAACAUGUCAAAGAUUGGAUUUCCACUGGCUCCGUUUCCCAAUGCCACACACGGUCCCCAGGGAAGUGGUCUGAAACGCUUCGUUACUGUAGCGGACGCAUUAGACGGCUUGGAGCGCAGUCAUCAGUUCAAUUCCGAUCCUCUCAACCAACCAAGGUUCUACAAAGCCAACAACUGUGUGCCACCGUACGAUCCACAUACUACCCUAGUAAAAGGUACAUUGACAACUAGCGGCGGCAGCAAUCACCACUACUCAGGGAAACGCAAGUUUACCGCGAGAGAAAAUUCACAGUUCCAAGGAUUCCCACUCAAUGCCAAUCUGGGAAAUACCCUUACGUUUAGCAAUAUGGUAGUAGGAAACGCGUAUCCAGUACCUGCUUCUGCUGCCCAUAUCCUAAUAAAUGCCCAAACUCGAGAAGCCUUUGAUAACGGGCUGAUCAAUGCUGAAGACGAGAUCAACGACUUGUGCAGUGUCAAAAGGAUCUGGGACACAACAAAGUCAAGAAGACGGAAUAAACUAAACCUUUCCAAGUAUCAAUAUCUAAACCGCCUGGAGCCUAGCGCUGCUCGCAUAGGCUUUACAUCGUCUCUAUAUACGCGAAAUAUGCCGAUUGAGCCAUUGCCUCCCCGGCCAAGGGGAAGACCACCUCAAGUCAUCGACCGGACUAAGGAUCGCCAAAGGAGGGAAGUCCUACAGCAAGUCCGGGACGCACGCUACAAAGGUGAAGUCAUGGAGCUUGACUAACGGGUUGAGAAGGAUUGGGAUGGAGGGAACUGGAGAGGAUUUGAUGCGCCAGGAUGAGUUCUUGAGUGCGUAAGAUUUAUCAUAAGGAUAAUGUGCGGUAGUUUGGUGGGCUGCGGAAAUUGGAUGAACAAAGGGGAUUCAUGCCUCGGCAUCCGCAGUUCAAAGCAGCAGCUUUUGCGAUCC